GUCACCGCUAGCAGCUUUGACUAAAAUACACAAAGGGCGGCAGGAGUUCACCUCACUGUGCUUCGCCUAAAAUGGUGACAGCUGCCUAGACUAGCAGAUGCACAGGUCUUUCGCUGGUGAUCUUGAGGAUUAUGGCGAACUAUGUGGUGAUACUGUCCGCCUACAUCCUAACGUUCCUGAUUGGCCUUCCCACCAACAUCCUGUCCCUCUGCGCCUUCAGCGUUAAGGUCCGGAGCAAGGCCACGCCCACCGACGUCCUGCUGCUCAACUUGACGGUGUCAGACCUCCUCUUCCUCCUCUUCCUACCGCUGAAGAUGCACGAGGCUGCAUCCGGCAUGCGCUGGGACCUGCCCUACUUCCUGUGUAGCGUCACUUCCUUCUUCUUCUUCUCUACCAUCUACACCAGCUCCCUCCUGCUGAUGGCCGUCAGUGUGGACCGCUACCUGGGCGUGGCCUUCCCCAUCCGCUACAAGCUGCUGCGCAAGCCCGUCUAUGGGGCGUUGGGCGGCGCCUUCGCCUUUCUCUUUGGCUCCGGCAGUUGCAGCAUCGUCUUCUUCACCCAACACCUACUGCCAGGCAACACGCCAGGCAACACCUCCGUCUGCUACGAGAACUUCACGCCGAGACAGCUGGAGGUCCUGCUCCCUGUGCGGCUUUAUUUGUUCUUCGUCCUCUUCCUCGUCCCACUCCUGGUCUGCACCUUCUGCUACCUGAACUGCAUCCGUCUCCUGUACGCCCGGCCACGCAUCUGCAGCAGGAAGCGGCAGAAGGCCGUGGGCAUGGCUUUGGGCACGCUGCUGGUGUUUGUGGUCUGUUUCCUGCCUUACAACCUCUCCCACCUGCUGGGCUACCUGCAGGGAGACAGUCCCUCCUGGAGGUACUACACCCUUCUCCUCAGCACCGCAAACACCUGCCUGGACCCCAUCAUCUUCUACUUCUCCUCCUCCACCUUCCAGGCCACCAUAAAGCACUCCCUCUACAGGCUGAUGGGGCGCCGGCACCAGCCCAAAGCCAAUGAAGGAUCCAGUCAGAGCCAAGAUGGCUAAGCAGUGUGUCAGAUAUCAUUUUUACGAGACAAACCAGAUGGUCAACAAACCAGAUGGUCAAGUUGACAAUGGUCAAUCCUUAUGUAGGUAAACAGAGGUGUUACAGUCAUUCACAGGAAAUGUAAUUUAAUGAUAAAGUACUGGGUAGUUCUUGAGUGUGGCAUAAUUUUAAAGCUUGUGCCGCAACUCAUUGCUUGAGUGCAAACUUUCCAACUGAGCUACUCUGUAUUCAUAAUUCUGUUCUUAGUCAUAAAAUGUUUGUAUUGUAAAACGUUUCUGAGUGCAAACCU